GCAUUAGCACAGUGACAGAGUUCCAGCACUGCAGAGCUCUCUCUCUCUCUCUUUUUCUCUCUCUCUCUUUCUCUCUCUCUCUCUCUCUCUCUGUCUGUCUGUCUUCAGCUGCUCACUCUUGCUUUUUUUUCUUUUUUUUUUGAGUCUGCUGGUUGAAAGACAGAAAGACGCUCAGCAGGGCAGGGAGGAGGACACUUGUGAGACAAAUCCUCUGACUGAUGAGACAAAGAGGAUAUCUGACUGUUCUCUGAACCCAGCACAGGAUUCAGAAAAUGAAGAUGCCUGACGCCGGGAGUUAGACUCCUCCCCUCAACCAGAGAGAGCGUGUUCCAGGGCUGGGGCUGGACCCAGAGACCCCUGUCUUGGGGGUGAAGGGCCCUCACAGCCCUGUGUGAGUCCGGACCAUGGGGGAUGGAGGGGCCAGUGCAACUGGAGGAGGAGAUGGGGUGAACCGGUCCCAUGUCCUGUUCGACAACUUCGUCCAGGCAUCCACCUGUAAGGGCACGCUCAAGGCCUUCCAGGAGCUGUGUGACCACCUGGAGGUCAAGCCCACCGAGUCCAGGAUCUUCUACCACAAGCUCAAGUCCAAACUCAACUACUGGAAGGCCAAGGCGCUCUGGGCAAAGUUAGACAAGAGAGCCGCCCUGAAGGAGUACAAGAAAGGCCGUGCCUGUGCCAACUCAAAGUGUCUGAUCAUCGGUGCGGGACCAUGCGGCCUACGCACAGCCAUCGAGCUGGCUUUCCUGGGGGCCAAAGUGGUGCUGCUGGAGAAAAGAGACGCCUUCUCCAGGAACAAUGUGCUGCACCUCUGGCCCUUCACCAUUCAGGACCUCAGGGGCCUCGGGGCCAAGAAGUUCUACGGGAAGUUCUGUGCUGGUGCUAUCGAUCAUAUCAGUAUCCGUCAGCUUCAGCUCAUGCUGCUCAAAAUGGCUCUCCUGCUGGGCAUUGAGAUCCAUGUCAACGUAGAGUUCAAGGGUCUUAUCGAGCCCCCGGAAGAUCAAGAAACGGAAAGGAUAGGUUGGAGGGCCGAGAUCCACCCCAGGACGCACCCUGUUAACGAGCUGGAGUUUGAUGUCAUCAUCGGAGCAGACGGAAGGAGGAACACGUUACCAGGGUUUCGGCGCAAGGAGUUCCGAGGCAAGCUCGCCAUCGCCAUCACUGCAAACUUCAUCAACAGGAACACGACGGCGGAGGCGAAGGUUGAGGAGAUCAGCGGGGUGGCCUUCAUCUUUAACCAGAAGUUCUUUCAGGACCUCAGAGAAGCAACAGGUAUCGACCUGGAAAACAUCGUCUACUACAAGGAUGACACGCACUACUUUGUGAUGACUGCCAAAAAACAGAGCCUGCUGGAGAAAGGAGUCAUUCUGCAUGACUACGCAGACACGGAGCUGCUGCUGUCCAGGGCAAAUGUGGACCAGGCUGCCCUGCUCUCUUAUGCCCGCGAGGCUGCGGACUUCUCCACCAACCACCAGCUGCCCACACUGGACUUUGCCAUCAACCACUACGGCCAGCCCGACGUAGCCAUGUUCGACUUCACCUGCAUGUACGCCUCGGAGAACGCCGCCAUGGUGCGCCAGCGGCACGGUCACAAGCUCCUGGUGGCGCUCGUGGGCGACAGCCUGUUGGAGCCCUUCUGGCCCAUGGGCACUGGCAUCGCCCGAGGUUUCCUGGCAGCCAUGGACUCGGCCUGGAUGGUGAAGAGUUGGGCUCAGGGAAAAUCUCCUCUUGAAGUGCUGGCUGAGAGGGAGAGUAUAUACCGCCUGCUGCCCCAAACCACGCCGGAAAACGUCAAUAAGAACUUCAGCCAUUACAGUCUGGAUCCUACUACACGUUACCCCAACAUUAGCCUUAGCUUCCUCAAGCCCAGCCAGAUGAGACACCUGUGCGACACAGGGGAGUCCCGGGAAAUGCGCAUCGAAAUUGAGAAUGUGAUCAACUCAUCGACACCCAAGUUGGCCAGGAAUGACAAUUGCCUGCUUGACAAGCAGUUGCAAGAAUCCAUAGCUCGAUCCAGUAAGCUGCUGAACUGGUGCCAGAGGCAGACAGAGGGAUACCGGAACGUUAACGUGACGGACCUCACCAUGUCUUGGAAGAGCGGACUGGCCCUGUGCGCCCUCAUCGACCGAUACAGGCCGGAUCUCAUUGACUUUGACUCCCUGGACGAGCGGGAUCACGAGAAGAACAACCAGCUGGGUUUUGACGUGGCGGAGAGGGAAUUUGGCAUCUCGCCCUGCAUGACUGGCAAGGAGAUGUCUUCUGUGGUGGAGCCAGACAAGCUCUCUAUGGUCAUGUACCUCAGCCAGUUCUACGAGAUGUUUAAGGACACAGUGCCACCCGGAGAUAACCACAACUUGAGUCCCGAGGAGAAGGCAGCACUGAUAGCCAGCACCAAAUCUCCAAUCUCCUUCCUCAGCAAACUUGGACAGAGCAUCGCAAUUUCUAGGAAACGAAAUCCCAAGGACAAAAAAGAGAAGGAUGUUGACGGUUUGGGGAAGAGAAGGAAAACCAGCCAGUCUGAAGAUGAGGAGGUAUCCAGGAGCGGUCGUGACGACAGGCCGUCUGUCCCAGCCAUCCUGGCAGAGAGAAAAAUGGACUCCUCCGCUGUGGGGAACCACAACAAAGUCAAGGUCAUGGCCACCCAGCUGCUCGCCAAGUUUGAGGAGAACGCUCCGGCGCAGAAUACAGGACUCAAACGACAGGGGGAGUCUCUGCCCAAUCUGGACCGCCUUUUACCCCCUUCCCCACCCCAAACCCCUGUGAAAGAGCCAGUGUGCCUGGCACCUGUCCCGGCAUGGAGAAAGGCCAGAAGUGGCGCAGACCAACAGUCCAGCUCGGGCUCUCGGAGCUGCCCAAAGAAAACCAUUCUGCUCCCUUCUUCCUCCUCCACUUCCUCGCUCUCUCUUCACUCAGAGAAUAUGUGUAAGGGUCCGGACGAAGAGGAGCUUGAAUACUACGAGAAGCCUCUGAAAUACGGGGAGUGGAAGCCGCUGCACCUGACAGACCCAGGACCCAUUCACAUACCUGGUAUACAGGAGAGGGCUGAGCGCCUAAUCUCCAGGUUUAAGGGCAAACCUGACAGGCCACCAAAGCCUAAGAAAAAGCCGUCCCGUUUCUUUUUAGAGCAGUGGAAACUGUCCAGCGGCCUCACCGGGAGUCCUGGUUCACCACUGUCCUCUCCUGACUCUUCCAGAAAGGAGCCUGCAAGGCCUCUGUGCUCUGAUGAUGACAUGCCUUUAUAUGUGCUUAGUAUUCAGGAGCGGGCUGAACAGCUCGCCUCACAGUUUGAGGGCAAGCCAGUCCGACCGAAGGAGCCUAAGAAAAAACCCUCACGGCUUUUUAUGGAACAGUGGCGCUUGGCCCAGUCUCCCCCUGAAUCUCCCCCCUCCUCCUCCUCCUCCUCCGACCGCAGACAGCGCUAUAAAAGGAUGUGCACAGGCGGAGUUAGCUCAUUGGCUGAGCAGCUAGCCAAUCGGCUUCAGUCUCAGGAAGAUGCUAAGCCCUUACCUGAGAAGAAGGAUUCGGGCUCCCUCAGAAAAGAGUUCCCCGUCAACAUCGGCGGCAGCGACGUGUGCUUCUUCUGUCGGAAGCGGGUGUACGUGAUGGAGCGGCUGAGCGCGGAGGGGAAGUUCUUCCAUCGCAGCUGCUUCAAGUGCGACUACUGCAACACCACACUGCGGCUGUCCUCCUACGCCUUUGAUGUGGAGGAUGGGAAAUUUUACUGCAAGCCCCACUACUGUUACCGUCUGUCCGGCUAUGCUCAGAGAAAGAGGCCUGCUCCCUCCCCUGCUCCGAUCACAGCUAAGGAGAACCAGGCACCCCAAACCCCUUCGACGACCGUGGAUGCUCCCGGAAGGGCGACGGCAGCAGCAGCCACAUCGGCCGAGCUCCAGCCUUCAGCACCGGAGGUCAACGGCCUGCAGGAGCCCAGCCUAGCCAAACGUCUGCGGGGGACUCCAGAGCGCAUCGAGCUGGAGAACUACCGUCUGUCCUUGCAGAGGGAGGAGGAGCUGGAGGAGGUGCCAGAGGAGACGCUGGCAGAACACAACCUCAGCAGUGUGCUGGACAAGGCCACGGACGCAGACCUGGGCUCCAGUAGCUCGGAGUCGGACAUGGAGGAGGAGGACGAGCAGGAGGAUCAGGAUCAGGAUCAGGAGGAGGCGGAGGUAGAGGGGGAGGCGGACCAGCACCUCGGCAGCCCCUCUGACCUCGGCGGCGUUCCCUGGAAGGAGGCUGUGGAGCUCCACGCCAAACUGAGGGGCGACCAGAGCGAAGACGGCGAGGGCGAGGCUCCUGCCGACACAGUCAGCAGGGACGGGGAGUUGGACGAGGAGGAUGAGGAUGAGGAGGAAGAUGAAGACGAGGAGGAAGAUGAGGAGGAGUCAAGCGAUGAGGGGGAUUACUGCCCCUGGGAUAGAGAGCUCCAGUCAGGCCUUUGGCUGGAGAAGUACCUCACAGAUGAAGAGGAUGUUGGUACAUUUAAAGCAAGGAACCUGCAGAUCCAGCAAGUCCUGCAGCCUGUGGACCCCCAGACCAUUCCAGGUCUGGUGAGAACACACCUGGACUCUGAGGGAGACAAGGAUGGCCAGGUGGCCUCAGCUUCCCAACUAUCCCAACCCUCUGAGCUCACGCAGCCCUCCUCCACAGCCCCUGCCCACACGUCCGCCCGACACGAGGCAGUGAGAGUCUGGUUGGAGUCCAUGUCUGGAGAGCCCUGCGAGGAGGAGGAGGAGGAGGAGGACCUGGAGGCAGAAGCAGACAGUCCUGAUAUGGAGCCAGGCACAGAGAUGGAUCAGGAUGACAUCCCUUCAGAUGCAGAAGCCGAGGCUCGUCUGCAUCCGUCAGAGCAUGCUGGAGUGCUCCCUGAGGAGGAAAGGAAAUCAGAGAGUCUGAAAAUGUCCUCCAGUAUCGAACCAACGAGCGUCAGCCCUGUGAAGAAAGAAGAUGUCAUUCUGUCCCCUCUCAAACUGUCUCCGGAGCUUGAAACACAGAUAACUCUGGUCAAGUCUCCCAACACCCGCUUCUUCCCAGAGCCGUUCAUACCUGAGGAAACAGAGCCUGAGAGGACACCGUUCUCUCCUCUUCCAGCUGCCAAGAGCCCACUGUGCCCUUCACCUGUUCCAGUUCCAGUCCAGGAUGCGUCCCCCGUCCCUUCGCCUACUCUCGCAGCUGUUGCUGCAGCUUCCCCUGUCAGUGUCCCCGCCUCACCCCUGCCCAGUUCCACCACCAAAACACCCAUCAGCUCUCCAAUCAAGCCAACUGUCGAGUCACCUGUCAGAUCACCCGUCAGGUCGCCCGUCAGGUCACCUGUUGCCUCCCCGAUCCGCUCUCAGCCCACCCCUCUGCCAGAGACUUGCACGCCUAAAUCUCCUGUCUACCCCCACCGCUCUAUUUGCCCUCUCACGGGCAACCCCCUCUCUCCGAUCUGUGCUCAGCCUUUGCCCUGCCAGGAGCCCUCGUCACCCCUCACCUCUGACUCUCCCGUCAGGACUCAGCCUGUCCCCGGGGUCACUUCGACGCCCAUGACCAAAGCAGACAAAGAGCAGUCACAGUCCAUAGAGUCCUCAACAGAGGAAACGCCAUCUAAAAAGACAGAUAUCAUUGAGGAGUUUUGGCUCAAGAGUGCAGAGAUCAGGAAGAGCCUCGGUCUGACUCCUUUGGAUCGCAGUAGUAAAAUCUUAGAGAAGAGUGUCAUCACAGCUCCAGCACUGGACAUCACCCCUGUAAAGACACAGACUCCAGACGUGAUGGAGGAACAGAAGCCUACCUUUACUGGCCGUACCGUCAUUCGCAGACUCAACAUCACUCUGGAGGGUCAGGUCAUUACCCCCCUGGCUCCUGCGGAGCUGAAGAGUAAUGGCUCUGACAAGAGGGACCUCAGCAGCAGCUCUGGCUUGGGUUUGAAUGGGAGCAUGGCCACGAGCCAGACGGCAAACAGUGACAGCUACAACACUUCGGACUCGGCCAUGCUCACCCCGCCCUCCAGUCCGCCACCACCUGUGCCUGCUAAUCAGUCUCCAGCCGUGUUCAGGCAGCAGAGACACCAGGUGUCCUGGAGCAACGGGACAGACAAACCUCCAACUGAGCGUGCCAAAGAGCCAGCAAAGGCCAAGAGUCCAGUUCCUGCACCAAGGACCCAGCUGAGCCCUGUGUCUGCACCCACACCUGCCCCCAGAAAAGUCUCCUCACCUCAGGCAGUACCAGAAAUGCCUCCGGUGGUCGUCAUGAGGGAGAAGAAAAAGAAGCCGCGGCAAGAGGAGGCGAGGAAGUCGUUUGUGGAGACGGUGGAGGAGAUACCGUUUGCUGAUGACGUGGAGGAGACCUACGAUGAGCGCACACCAGACGUGAGCAUGAACAAGUACUAUACUCCACCCACCAGCAAGCCAAGCAGGGACAGACCUCCCCUGCAUCUGGCUCUAGCAAUGGAAAAUGGUAAACCCAAUAUCCCAGUCAACGAGCCGCUUAAAGCCCAGAGGGAAACUCAGUUCUCCCCAGAGGCCAGGGAGAUCGCUGAGGAGAGAAUAAGGGCCAGAGAAAAGUCUAUCAAGAGCCAGGCUUUAAAAGACGCCAUGGCCAAGCAGCUCAACAAAAUGAAAGAAUCUGACACCGACAAGGGUGCCUCACCUAAGGUGGCCUGGAGCGUGACCCCGGACGCUGCUGUAAAAAGUAAAAAGUCAGCCGGAUCUCCAAAGACAUCAGCCGUGAAAGCUCUGGAGUCGAAGAAGGCAGAGACUAUACCCGAGCGCUUCUUCAGCAGCAACAAGAGUCUGGACAGCUCGGCGGCUUCUUCCGACGGCUCCACUGUGAGCAAGAGCAAGAAACGAAGUUCCCUCUUCUCGCCGCGCAAGAACAAGAAAGAGAAAAAGGCCAAGAACGACAGCAGCAGGCUUUCCAGCACGGAUGAGACGCCGCCCAAACACAAGUCGCUGUGGAAGGCCGUCUUCUCAGGGUACAAGAAGGACAAGAAGAAGAAGGACGAUAAAUCGUGUCCGAGCACGCCGUCCUCGAGCUCCACCACUCAGGACUCUGGGAAGAAGAGAACGUCACCUCUUGGGAAAUCGUCAGACUUGAAAUCACGCAGAAACUUGAGCUUCUCCGAGGACUCAGACCUGUCCUGUGACGAUGUUCUGGAGAGGUCCUCACAGAAGUCAAAGGCAGAUCGGCACAUGGACAUCUUUGACCUAGUGUCAGGCAUGCAGCAGGAAGCGAUAAAGGAGGAGAAACCGGUGAAGGAGAAAAGGAGGGAGUUAAAGGAAAGAAAGAGGGUGAAAGAGAAGUGUAAAGAAAGAGAGCGGAAGAAAGAGGUUGACCGAGAGAAGGAGAAAGACGAUGAGGAGUCUGUUUAUGUCCCUCACGCACUGGCGUUCAAGAGAUCGUACGCCACAAAGAAAGCGUACACAGAGGAGGAGCUGAACGCCAAGCUGACGCGGAGGGUCCAGAAAGCCGCGCGACGACAAGCCAAGCAGGAGGAACUGAAGAGGCUGCACAGAGCUCAGAUCAUCCAGAGGCAGUUGGAGCAGGUGGAGGAGAAGCAGAGGCAGCUGGAGGAGAGGGGUGUAGCUGUGGAGAAAGCAUUGCGAGGAGAAGCAGGAUUGUAUAAAGGUACUUAUACGUUACCCAAACAGCACAAAAGAAGAUCAGACUAUUGGGGAGAUUCUAAUUACAGUGAAAUCCUGGACUUGCAUCUGGGCGGCAUGGGCAAGAAGGAUGAUCCCAAGCUAAUGCAAGAGUGGUUCAAGCUGGUGCAGGAGAAAAACGCCCUGGUCCGCUAUGAGUCAGAACUCAUGAUAUUUGCCCGAGAGCUGGAGCUGGAGGACCGGCAGAGCCGACUGCAGCAGGAACUCAGGGAGCGGAUGGCCGUCGAAGAUCACCUGAAGACGGAGAAGGAGCUCGCUCAGGAGAAGCAGAUCCUGAACGAGAUGUUGGAGGUGGUGGAGCAGCGGGACGCCCUGGUCGCCCUCCUGGACGAGCAGCGGCUUCGUGAGAAGGAGGAGGACAAGGACCUGGAGGCCGUCAUGCUCUCCAAGGGCUUCAACCUCAACUGGGCUUGAAAGAGUUGGCUCUUGACCUGAUCAGAAUAGUCUGCUGAACACCUGCAGCAGUGAAUGUGUAAAGACCCCCCCUCCCCACCAACACACACAAACACCACGACUGCCACUGACAUUGCAGCAGUCUGCUACGUUUACAUAUCUUCUGCCCAAAGGCAGUCCUGGUUAAUCACUUUGCAGUUUUGCUUGCUCUCUCUGUGGGUGGAGAGGCGAGCACAUCCACAGCUUUAUCAUCCCAGCCUUGAAGUGGAUCCUCUCGGCAAUGAGGAAGGCGGGGACCUUUGGGAGACAGUUUUAAAGACACGUAUCGGUCUGGAUUGUUUAAAGGGAAGAAUGCAGUUUGGUCCUGCUGAUGUAAAGGAAUUGUAAAGAAUUGUGGGUUUUUUUGUGUGUAUGUGUAUAGUUGUGUAGAACAAGUCCCAUUUUUCAGCAGAUGAAGGGUCCUCUCUCUUUCUCCCCGAAAAAGGACUGCUACAGAGGUGUGCUCAAACGCUGGACCGACGUCUUCAGCCUCAAUCUCAGUUUCUCAUUUCAGUCUGACUGUAGAAAAGGACAUCCUCUGCUGAAGCUGCCUUUUUUGUCCGGUGACAAACUGACUGACUCCGCAUCCUAAUGAACCACAAAGACACCAUGGAAGGCUAAUUUGUUCUGCUUUUUCCAGCUCACAGUGUUUAGUGAGUCAACACUAAGAAUCCAUUAAAUAUGGCCAUGUCAUUUUUUUUCUUAAAUGUAUUUAUUACUUUUGUUUUACUUUUAACAGAUACGUGUUUUUGUUUGUUUCGCAUUCACAGGAGAGUGCCCAGAAUCUCAUUAUCUUGCACUUGUGCAUAACUCCCAUGCACCCAUAAGCCAUUGCAUGUCAGGAAUGAAGGCUGCAGGCAAAUAGAAGAACUUAACCUUGUUGUUGAUAGCUAGGACGUAGAAUGCAGACUCAUGCUAUAUAUGAACAAUUAAGCCUCGAUAAUGACUGGCCUCUCCGUGACAUGCCAUCCACUGUAUAUCACACUGACGGUUAACGUUUACAAGUACUUGCCCGUGUUCACUAUCGGAUGUUGGUGUUUCCCGCUGUGGUGAACGGUGGGUGACAUAAACCAACUGUUGGAAGGAACUGUUUCUUCAAGUUCAGAUCAUUAUCCUGCCGCGUGUGUUAACAUCAGGAUGUCCCAGUCAUUAAUGGGAGAUCAGCGUAGCUCACGCGACUCAUUGUUGUGCCACAGGACUGUGUCUCUGUUGGCAGAUAUGCUGCAAUAUAUUGAUGGGUGCGCCACAAGAAGGCACACUACACAACACUUACAGAUGGCAGUGUUAACACUUUACCCUUGAACAAUGAAAUGCCUUUUUUUUUUCAUUUUCAGUCUCUCUACUUAUGUUGUAUUUUAAUUUUCUGAGCUGACUUGCUUUUGAAGCAGUCACAUCCGUGUAUCCCACUGGAAAAUUUUUACCCUUUUUUUUCCCCCUCUACUUUCGAAUACUUUUAUGCCGCAGGUCCCCAUAAAAAGGAGUAGAUCAUUUUAAACGGGGCGCUGGGGAAAUGCAAAGUGCUUUAUGAGCAGUUUGCAUCUUACAGGAACAUUGUGGUUUAUCUUGUGGGCAGUCGUAUCUAUCAGCCUUUCUGACAACUGUACAAACCCAUGGGGUCACUGUUUUACAGAAACACUAGAGGCUAUAUUUAUGAACUGGUAUGAGCUGUGAAUACAAAAAAAAGUUACAUAAUUAUAAGGGUCGUUGUUUUAGAUGGUGUGUGAUAAGUUUUGACAUGAUUGUAUUGAUAUUUAUUAACAUGUGUGCAGACUGUAUUAUAUGUAAAGAAAAAUGAAUCCUAAUUUUUAAACCGUUCUGUCGACACAUGACUUGUAAUGUUAACGCUUCAUGUAGCUAAAAAUGCAUAGGGGUGUUGGAUGUAUGCUGAAAAAAAACGCAAUAAAACAAUGCAGUUGUUCUUUUAA